AUGGAGCUCUGCCUGGUGGCCCGUCAUCCGUCCGUCACGCCGACAGACGGGCCAGAUGUUUGGACGGACGCUGCGGGGAAACCAGACGUCUGCGGGGGGGCCAGACAGGACUCUGACUGCAGCUUCCAACCGGCUGUUUACAGUCCAAUGAAAUGUAUUAAAGUUGAGAAGCUGGAAUCCCCAAACCCAGCACACUUCAUUAGGAGCGAGGAGAAAGUGCGGACUGUCACCUGCAGGUGUGAGAGAGGAUGUGAAGCCUUCAGGCAAAGAGGAACAGAGGAUGAGGAGGGAGGCGAGGGGAUGAAAAGAAGCCCCGCAGGUCCUCCGGCUUGGAUGUGGGAGGGUUUCUCCGUGGAAACCUACACUCCCAGACGAGUUUGCUCCCGGCAGCGAGGCUCCCGAACCGUCCGCAGGCCCAGACCAGGAGAGCCUGGACAGGACACUCACAUCUUCAUCACCGUAGCGCGUCCAAAGGCGACUGUCCCAAAGCCUUUCAAAAUGACACUGCGUGAGGGCGAGGUGAGGCCGGAUGCGUCCAGCGAGCCGCCAGGAGCCUCUAAUUUCCGAGCCAGGCCGGUUCCCCGAAGCACUCGCCUGCUGCUGUACGGCCAGAUGGUGGAGGAGCGCGAGAGGAGAAGGAGCGCCCUCCACGAGGAGCGGAAAGAGCUGCUGCUCACCACGCAGCGCCCCUUCAGCUUCAGAGCAUCCCAGAGCGAAGAGGCGGGGGGAAAGCCUUGGGACACGGGCCCCGGAGAGGACGUCAUCACGCCACCCAGAGGACGACGCCAGCACACGCAGGAGAGGAAAUACACUUUCCAACCGAGCAUCAACAGGACGGUCCCGGACUUCAGGAGGCUGCAGAGCGCGUUCGAGAGGCGUCUGCAGCAGGUCAGGAGGGCGAUGCGAACCACUCAGCCUGAGCCUUUCAGUUUCUACAAGGAACCGCAAACGGCGAGAGCAACAGAGGAGCAGGAGGCCAGUGAAGGCAGCACGGAGAUCCUGAGAGCAGAUUCAGCAAGAAACAGGGAGAGCUCAAAGAGACUUACCGGGUCCGGGGUGAAACGGAGCCUUAAAGAAAGAGAGGAAGCAGGUGGAGCCGUGCAGGACGUGAGGUCAGAGGAAAGGGUCGCCUGCAGCCCGGCCAGGAAACACAGACAGCACAGCAGCAGGAGCCUCUCUGCAGAGACUCCUUUCCGAGAAAAAUCUGUCUGAGCAGAAGAUGUUUUCGCAGAAUGAACCUUUACAGCUGCAGCUCUGGGGGAUCUCUGCACGCUCGUGAUGUGUUUGUAGGAAAACUCCGGAGCAAGACCAUGCAGACGUUUAAACACAAGUUUUACAAAACAUAAAAUCUUGUAUUCACUUAAAAUGUGACAGUGAUGGUGCUUUAUUUGCUUUUUGUCCAAGAUUUUCAGUCUGAUUGUAAA